AUUUAGUGGAGGAAAGGAAUAAAACAAUAACUUUUCAACGACUCGAUGUACGCAUUCAAUGUACUACUAGUAGUAGCCUACAGUUUUAAUUUCCCCUUGGCAAAGACAGUAAGUUCUCCUCUACUUUCUUGUAUCUGUGUUAUUGCGUGUGUGAGAGUGAAAAAAAAAAAGAAAUUGAGUCGCAUGGUUUUAAGGCGAUUAAAUUCUUCCGACAGACAUUUCAGCUGCACUGCAAAUAUUCUGCUCAUCUGUAAAAGUCUGUGUUGCUGUCUCGACACAGAAACAUCUAAUAGAAACUGUAUGCGUUUAUCACAGGGAUCUGGUUCCUCUCCCGUAGAAAGCUGAGGAUCGGUUAAUCGCCGCAUGCAGAGUCCUGGACAACAAUUUGGCGCUCUGCAGAGCUCCUGUUAGCUCUCUUGAAGCUGUCAUCACAUCAUGUUGAUGCUGUCCAUCGCGUUGUUUUUGCUCUUUCUGUCUCCAUCGAGGAGCUCAAGACUGUGUAGUCACCUCUGCCGGUGCUAUGAACACUCAGACCUGGUGGACUGCCACGCCAGAGGUUUUGAGGAUGUCCCACAUGGACUUCCCCGUGGCACCUGGCUCCUAGACCUGGGAGGAAACAAGCUCAAGGAGAUCCGGAGCCGAGCUUUUGCUGGCCUUUGGUCUUUGCGUAUUCUAGUGCUCUCAGACUGCAUCAUCCAGGCUCUUCAAACACAGGCUUUCUUCUCUCUCUCCUUCCUGGAGAAGCUAGACAUGAGCCGUAAUAACCUCACUCAGAUCCCUCCUAACUUCUCAGAGAGCCUGGCUGCCCUGCGUGAGCUGCGUCUGGACCACAAUGCACUGGUGCUGUUGAAACCUCCAGGUCUUGAGCAUCUGGAGAACCUUGAGAAGCUGGACCUCAGCCACAAUUGCAUCCGAUCUCUUGAGCCAGGUGCGUUCCGUGGCCUGUCCCGCCUGCGCCACCUUUACCUCCAAGGGAACCUCCUGGGUGUUGUGCGAGACGGAUCCCUCACCAUGCUGCCUGCCCUGGAAGUCCUGCUCCUGGGCAACAACAACAUCUCUAGGAUCGAGGUCAAUGCACUAGCACCGUUGCGCAGUCUGUCUCGGUUGGGUUUGGAGGGGAAUCAUCUGGAGCACCUGAACUUCAAGACGUUCCUGAGCUUGCACACGGCUGCUACGCACCUGCAGUUGGCUGGGAACCCCUGGAACUGUGACUGCGACCUGCACCGUGUCUUCAGCAAGCUGCUCAGCGUGCGGCACCUGCACGUGGAUGACUAUCGCAAUGUAACUUGUCGGGAGCCUUGGCAGCUCGCCGGAGCUUCUUUGGCUUGGGUGGACAGCCAGUUGUGUGUGGCUGAGACCGUUACUGUGUUAGUCAUCACCGCUACUGUGAUUGUGACCGUGUUUGGUGCCUUGGUCAUGGCGGAGAGAAAACGCAAGAAACUAAAAUACUGGGAACAGAAUGAGGAGGAACCGCAAGAGCAGUAAGGCGAUUUUGCAUGAGGUUAGGACACUUCUUUUCUCUUCUGGACUAUGAAAACACAGAUAAAAUGUCCUGCUUUGACCCUUUUCCCCAACAAAGAGUAGGUACACAAAUUCAAGCAAGAAGCUGGACUUGAUACAAUGAAUUGAGUCGAUGUGGUGAUGGAAAUUGAGACUCUU